AUUGGUUGACGUCGUGUUCAUGUUAGUCCAUUAAGCAUCUUUAAAAUCACGACUUCUCCCUCCGAAAUCCUCAGACUUCCGACAACCUCAUCACAGACAAAAAUGAAGAACAACAUCAGCAACGGCACGAAGCUCAUACUCCUCCACCCCCCGAGACUCCAUCUCCAUCUCCACCUCCUCCGCCGCCACCGCCGCCGUGGCUGCCUCCAGUCCCCCGCUUUCUUCGGCUGUUUCCAGGGCCCUCCUCCACUACGCUUCCAACUCCAACAACACCGACCGCAUGUCCUACACUGAUAUCAAACAGAUAGCUGACGCUCUCCGGCAGUGCUCGCCGCCGUGCAACUUCCUGGUUUUCGGCCUCACCCACGAGACCCUCCUCUGGAAAGCCCUGAACCACAAUGGGAGAACCGUUUUCAUCGACGAGAACCGCUACUACGCCGCGUACAUAGAGGAGAAGUACCCGGAGAUCGAAGCCUACGACGUGCAAUACGGCACGAAGCUCAGCGAAAUGCCGGAGCUGAUCGCGGCGGUGAAGGAGCAGGUGCGCAACGAGUGCCGGCCGGUGCAGAAUCUCCUGUUCUCGGAGUGUAAAUUGGGGCUGAACGAUCUGCCGAACCAGCUGUACGAGGUGGACUGGGAUGUGAUACUAGUGGAUGGGCCGAGAGGGUACUGGCCGGAGGCGCCAGGGAGGAUGGCGGCGAUCUUCACAGCGGCGGUGCUGGCUAGGAGCAAGAAGGGCGGGAAUCCAAAAACGCAUGUUUUCGUCCACGAUUUCAAUAUGAAGGUGGACAGAAUCACGAGCGAUGAGUUCUUGUGCAGGGAAAAUCUGGUGAAGUCUAAGGACAUGAUGGGCCACUUUGUUCUGGAGAGAAUGGACAGCAACGCCUCUCAGUUCUGCCGGAGCAGCAGCCACUCGCCGCCGUCGUCGACGUCUUGAUUGACCGGUGAUGAUGACGAUUUGUUUGUUUCUUUUAAUAAUGGUUAGAGGCAAGAAAUGAAAUUUGAUAAUUUAAUUAAUUUUCGUCUGAGAAAAUUUCCUGUUUUGUAUUUUUGGCAUAUGUAUUUUGUAAUUUCUUGGGAUGAGCAGUUGUUUGUUUGUCCUUUGAGCAGAAAAUGGUUGCGUGCUGAUAUGACAUAAAAGGACUAAAACAUUCUUUA